AUGGCGGAAUCUUUGCGCUUUCUCGGCACCAUGGAGGGCCACAAGGGGUGGGUCACCGCCAUCGCCACCUCCUCCGAAAACCCAGACAUGAUUCUGACCGCAUCCCGAGACAAGACUAUCAUCGUCUGGCAGCUUACCCGUGAUGAGGACACAUACGGAUACCCGAAAAGGAUCCUCCACGGCCACAACCACUUCGUUUCCGAUGUCGUUAUCUCUUCAGAUGGCCAAUUCGCGCUCUCUUCCUCAUGGGACCACACCCUCCGUCUCUGGGACCUCAACACUGGAAUGACGACGCGUCGUUUCGUUGGUCAUACCUCCGAUGUCCUGUCGGUCAGCUUCAGCGCCGAUAACCGACAGAUCGUCUCGGGUUCGCGCGAUCGAUCCAUCAAGCUCUGGAAUACUUUGGGAGAGUGCAAAUAUGACAUAAAGGAUGAUGGCCACUCUGAGUGGGUAUCAUGCGUGCGCUUCAGCCCCAAUGUCUCCAACCCAGUUAUCGUGUCCUGCGGAUGGGACAAAGUUGUCAAGGUCUGGGAACUCUCCAAGUUCAAGCUAAAGACCAAUCACUACGGCCACACCGGUUACAUCAACACCGUCUCCGUCUCCCCCGAUGGUUCCCUCGCCGCCUCAGGUGGCAAGGACGGCAUAACCAUGCUCUGGGACUUGAACGAGGGCAAGCACCUGUACUCGCUCGAAGCCGGUGACAUCGUCAAUGCCCUCGUCUUCUCCCCCAACCGCUACUGGCUCUGCGCUGCCACCAGCAGCUGCGUCAAGAUAUUCGAUCUCGAGAGCAAGUCCAUCGUCGAUGAGCUCAAGCCUACCUACACUGACGUUGGUGAGGACUCCCGGCAACCCGAGUGCGUGUCGAUCGCCUGGUCCGCCGAUGGUCAGACACUGUUCGCUGGUUUCACGGAUAACAAACUGCGGGUCUGGACUGUGAUCUCAUGA